AUGGCUUUACACACACCACUAGGGAUGGGUCUGGCUAAGAAUCUUGCCCGUUACUCAUCUACGACAAGCACCAAACCAACCGCAGCCAUCGCCGUCAUUGGCAAUGGUCCCUUGGGUACGAUUGUACUUGGCCGUAUAUGCGAGUUGGCGAGGGGCUUGCGUAGUAAAGGGGAGUUGACAGUCCACGUCAUCGAUUCGACACACCCAGGUUCCGGCACCGUCUGGCAUAGCAAGCAACCGAAACCCCUCCUGAUGAACACCAAAGCAUGUCAGAUGACCGUAUUCAACAACAGCACCGUAUCAUCGAAACUGAACUCCCUGACGCCAAACUUGGAACAAUGGGCGGCUCGGGAGGGAUACACUCUAUCCAACGGAUACGCACCUCGUUACGUAUACGGCCGCUACCUGACGUGGUGUUUGCAAGAAAUGAUACGCAACGCACCCAGGCAGGUAAAGUACCAGUCCCAUAUCGCUCGUGCAAUCAGCCUCGAUGAUGAGAAAGGCGGUCUUCAGAAGGUGUCUCUCGACACUGGCGUCAAACUAACCGGGCUCUCUGCCGUGAUCCUCACUCAAGGCCACUUGCCCCAACUCCCAACUGCAGAGCAAUAUCGACACAUAACGUAUGCCCAGCAGCAUCCCGGCUUGCGUUACAUCCCCCCCGCCAACCCAGCAUACAUCGACCUCUCCUCCCUAAAACCCGGUGAAAAGGUCCUACUACGCGGUCUCGGCCUCAUCUUCUUCGACUACAUGAUCCUCCUAACCCAAGGCCGCGGCGGCCGCUUCGAUCGCGACAAGGAAGGUAAUCUGCACUACACCGCCUCCGGGAACGAACCACACAUUAUCGCCGGUUCCCGGCGCGGCAUCCCCUACCGUGCCCGCGGCGACCAAUCGGACGGUUCAUACAACAACUACCAGCCCCUCCUCCUCACCUCCUCACUAAUAACAUCCCUCCGCAACCGCGCCAAUUCCAAAGACGCGCCGAACUUUUCGUCUGAAGUGCUACCGCUCAUCAAGAAAGAAGUCGAAACAACAUACUACGAGACCCUCCUAGGAAAAUCCCAAUCCUCGCGUCUCGAUUUCCGGUCUCGAUACCUCCACAGCCACGACCCUUCACACAUUCUCUCCGACGCCAAGAUCCCCAAAGAAGACCGCUGGUCCUGGGACUACAUGUCUCACCCUUAUCUCAAACAUUCCUUCCACAGCACAACCGACUGGAAAACCUGGCUCCUAGCCUAUCUCCACUCGGACAUCGAGCAAGCCCGAGGAUCCACAGGCGCGAAACCAGUCCACACCGCACUAGACGUCCUACGCGGUCUACGCCCCGCCAUCCGACAAAUCGUCGAUCACGGCGGGCUUUCAGGCGCGUCCCGCCGGGACGACUUGGAGCGGGGGUACACGCCACUAAACAGCUUCCUGUCCGUCGGGCCGCCGCGCGAGCGCAUCGAGCAGCUUAUCGCGCUGAUCAAAGCGGGGAUCGUGACUGUGAUCGGGCCAGGACUGGAAGUAAUAGCUCGGGACGGAGGUUGGGAGGCUAGUUCUGUUAGCGUGCCGGGAUCAGCGGAGAGAGUGACUGCGCUUAUAGAGGCGCGGAUGGCGGAGCCGGAUGUUAGGAGGAGUGCGGAUGAACUGCUUGGUUCGAUGUGGGAGAAGGGACAGUGUCGGGCGCAUUGUUCGGGUGGGUAUGAGACGGGGGGGCUGGAUGUCACGCGAAGUCCCUUUCACCUUAUAAAUCGGGAGGGUGUCUCGCAGCGGAGGAGGUUCGCGCUUGGGGUCCCUACUGAGGGUGUGCAUUGGGUUACUACGGCUGGACCUGGCGAGAAUGUGACUACGUUCUUGGAGGCUGAGGAGAUGUCGCGUGCUGUGCUGGAUGUGGUGGAUGGUGAUAUGGCUGGAGCUACUGGUGCUGGGGUGAACUGA